AUGAUGAGAAAUUAUCCCUUACCUCCUGGGGUACCAAAUUUGAAUACACCUCCAUUACCACGAUCCCAUGUUGGACAACCUCGCAGGCUGCUGACCCCAGAUCCACCCGAGUCUGUCACACUCACAACUGUGAAGGCGAACGGCACAUUUUUUCAAAAACUUCCCACCGAAAUCCGCACGAGAAUUCUGCACGUUGCCUUCGGUGACCGCACAAUUCACGUGGAUCUCAUUUGUGGUUAUCCAAUCUUCUCCGACUCUAACCGUCAUGGCGGGCUUCGACAACUGCCAUACUCUGAUAAACAACCCGAAAAGGACUGGGCAUGGCGAAGCUCUAUUUGCCAUCGAUUUCCGCCCUCUGGUAUCAUAGACUCGCGCGGACCAGGGUACGAUCCUCAGCCAUGCGACGAUGAGUGUGUCUAUGGAUGGAACGGCCGAAAUGGCUUCCACCCACAAUGUGAGCACUGGCCUGGAGAAGGGCCAAAGAAGUGCUCCGUAGGCGCCACAGGCUGGCUACUUGCCUGUAAGCAAGCUUAUCGUGAAGGGAUUCACGUGCUAUACGCUUCCAACACCUUUCAUACAACAAGCAAAGCGAUGAUUCUGAACAUGCAUAACUUCUUUCAACAACAGCGACUCAAUGCCAUCACAUCUGUCGAAAUUAUUUGGGAGUUCACACCAUGGAUCCUGCCAGACAUCAGUGAGGACCUUAGAGUCGCUCCCCCGCUCAGUGAUAUCGAGACUUUUAGGCAGUUCCUCAAAGCCAUUCCCGGCCUUUUCCUAAAUAUCAAGAAACUCUAUGUUUCCCUACAAGGAGACAUGAUCCCCAAGUCGCGUGGACAAAACAGCGAGUAUCAAUACUCGACCAAGGAGCGGAUCGAACUUGUGGAGAAAAACAUUAUCUGGAAGGUCGACGAAAUGGUGCCUUACCUCAAGCCCCAUGUCGACUUCUCGAUCGCCUAUCCUACAAGUACGUAUGCUGUACAAAGAAGUCUUGCUCUUCGACAGGGCUGGAUAGUGAAGCAGAGGCAAGAGACUGGUGAGGUGGAGCGACACUGGAGGCCAUUGGUGAAAUGCAAACCUCGAACCGGCUACUGGGUCUGCUUGGGUGAUAAGGAUGUGAGAAGACAGAGGGCGAGGGGCGUCAUUGGGCAUCAGCAUAUGCCAGCGCGUGUCUCUGAAAAGAAGUACGAUGUUUUCUUUCGAUCUUAGGACUCGGGUAGUGUAUUGAGUGUAUGGCAAUUUGGAAGGAAUAUGGUUUGGGUUUGGGGAAUCUUCGUCGCUUAUAUGCCAAAAGUCUCACAAUGCAAGAGUGCUGCAUCUCAUUUCAUGUAAAUAAAUAUUAGUGUACUUUUUCAUU